AUGCUCUUCUUAACAAUCUACUCGAUGGAUAUCGCUUCAGUGGCUUUGGCGCUGGUCGCUUCUGCCACUGGCUUUCAAACAGACGACGUUUUCAGAAAUGCCCCUCGCAGCUCCUACGAUGUCGGCAUCAAUGACAAUGUCUUCGCCCGCCAGCUCCCUUCUAUACCCGGCCUCUUGCACUCUCGCGACAAUAUCCCCAUCGCACGGGCUCUUGAGGGGAGGGGAGGAGGGGGGAAAGGGGGGAAGGGAGGCAAGGGAGGCAAAGGAGGCAAAGGAGGUAAAGGAGGCAAGGGAAAGGAGGACAAUCCCGGCCGAGCGGGUCUCAACAUGCACAACAGCGAGAUAAAAGGCGGUGGCUACGUGGCAGAAGCAGAUAAAGAGAGAGUCAAGCAACUUGGCGAACAGGCCAUGAAGGAAGCCCGUGUCACUCACGCCAGCGUCAUCCAUCGACCACACAAAGGCGGGGAUGAAGGUUUUACCAGCAGCACGGAUCCGCGUGAACACUUCACCGUCGAACCCAAGCACGGGGAAGGCGCAUCCAAUGGCAACAUGCAUGUCUACACUGACGAAAAAGGAGGAUGGUCCCAGGGACCGAACGGAGAGAGUAACUCGAGCGAAAAGGUGGCAGCCGAAAAAGCUCAACAAGCGCAACAUGACCCAUUUCCGUCUGAUUCCGAUAGCGAAAGCGUUUGUGGCCGUUCCAUCGGCAAACGCGGGCAGUCGUGUUCAAUCAAGAAGGCUGGUGGCAAUAGGAAUGUAGCCAAUCGCAAGAACUCUGGCCCCAGGAAGGGCACCGCCGGCAAGAAUGCAGCUGCUCUCAAGAAGGCCGGCAACAAGAAGGCAGGCAACAAGAAGGCUACUCCUGGAAAGAAGUCUGGCAACAAUAAGGCUACUCCUGGAAAGAAAUCUGCUUCUAAGAAGGCUGGCAACAAGAAGCCUUCUACCAGCAAGAAGGCCGUAGGCAAUAAGAAGGCUGCUCAUGGAAAGAAGUCUGCUCUUAACAAGGCCAAUAGCAACAAGAAGGCCGCUGCCUCUAAGAAGGCUGGAGGCAAGAAGACCUCUGCUCCUAAGAAGGCUGGCAACAAGAAGGCUACUCCUGGAAAGAAGUCUGCUCCUAAGAAGGCCGGAAACAAGAAGCCUGCUGCUAGCAAGAAGGUUGGAGGCAAGAAGGCCGCUGCUCCCAAGAAGGCCGGAGGCAAGAAGGCCUCUGCUCCUAAGAAGGCUGGCAACAAGAAGGCUACUCCUGGAAAGAAGUCUGCUCCUAAGAAGGCCGGAAACAAGAAGCCUGCUGCUAGCAAGAAGGUUGGAAGCAAGAAGGCCUCUGCUCCCAAGAAGGCUGCUAGCAAGAAGGCCGCUGCUCCUAAGAAGGCUGCUACUCCCAAGAAGGCUGCUACUCCCAAGAAGGCUGCUACUCCCAAGAAGGCUGCUCCCAAGAAGGCCGCUGCUCCCAAGAAGGCCGGAGGCAAGAAGCCUGCUGCUCCCAAGAAGGCCGCUACUCCCAAGAAGGCUGCUCCCAAGAAGGCCGCUGCUCCCAAGAAGGCCGGAGGCAAGAAGCCUGCUGCUCCUAAGAAGGCUGCUGCUCCCAAGAAGGCCGCCGCUCCUAAAGGUAAAAAGGGUAAAUAG